UAAUUAUUUAUAUGACCAAGGAUUAAAGAAAAUUGCUGAAUAUCUCCAACCUCUUGAAAUAAUAAAAGAAAGUCGUUCUGAUAGUUAAAAAUAAUCAUAUCUUUCGUUUAAAAAAAUGCGUGUAUGGGUAGAAGAUUUAGAAAUAAAUUAUCCUACCCGAUAAUCUUCUGGUGUAGGCGAAGAUUCUAAAUUAAUGCCUGAGGAAUGUCGUAUAAGCCGUAAAACAUAUAGUGCGCCUUUACUGGCUACAAUUUGUCGAACAAUAGAUGAAGGUAGUGUCGAAAAAAUAAGACUUUCUCUUGGAGAAGUGCCUAUAGUUGUUAUGAGUGACCAUUGUCAUUUAAGUAAACUCAAUUCUAGAUAAUUAGUGAAUGCUCAUGAGGAUUGUAAUGAAUUCGGAGGGUAUUUUAUUGUAAAUGGCAAUGAGAAAUUAGUUAGAAUGCUCAUUAUGUAAAAGAGAAAUUACCCAAUAGCUUUUUUAAGGCCUUCUUAUGUUAAUAGGGGUCCUAAUUAUACUUAAUAUGCAGUAUAAAUGAAGUGUGUAAGGGAAGAUUUAUAUGCUAAAAGUAUCACUUUGCACUAUAUAUCAGACGGGUAGGUGUUUUUGAGACUUUUGCAUCGAAAACAAGAGUUUUUGAUUCCAAUUAUUGUAAUUUUGAAGUGCUUGGGGGAUUUUUCGGACUUACAUAUAUAUAAUAAAUUAGUAAAAGGUUAAAGUGGAAAAAGUUCGCUUUCAGAUAGAGUGGAAGUGCUAAUUAGAGGUGCAAAAACAAUGAAUUUAAAUAGUAAAUAGGAAUGUUUGGCUUAUUUAGGGAAGAGUUUUCGAGUUGUAUUAAAUAUUAAUAAUAAUGAGGUAAAUGAUAAGGAAGUAGGAGAAAUUUUUAUAAAUGAAAAUAUUUGUGUACAUUUAAAAAAUAAUAUGGAUAAGUUUAAUAUUUUAUGCUUUAUGGUAUUAAAAUUAUAUGGACUGGUCUCUGAUGAAAUUUCUCCGGAAAAUCUAGAUUCUUUAUAAAAUUAAGAAGUUUUAUUACCUGGACACCUAUAUACAAUGAUUUUGAAGGAAAAAAUAGAGGAAAUGUUAUAAGGAAUUAGAUAAAAAGUAUUUAAAGAUGGAUAAAAACCAGAGGAAGCUUAAAAAACUUUGCAUGUUUCUUAUAUUAAAAAGGCUAUUGAAAUUUAAGGUUCUAUAGGAACUAAAAUAGAGUAUUUUCUAUCUACUGGUAAUCUUAAAAGUUAAACUGGAUUAGAUUUAAUGCAAAAUAAAGGAUUUGCUAUUAUUGCAGAUAAACUUAACAAUAUGAGAUUUUUAAGUCAUUUUAGAAGCGUCCAUAGAGGUGCAUAUUUUACUGAAAUGAAAACUACUACUGUCAGAAAAUUACUUCCUGAGAACUGGGGUUUCAUAUGCCCUGUUCAUACACCUGAUGGUGCACCUUGCGGCCUUUUGAAUCAUAUAGCAAUGACCUGUAAGCCUUUAACUAGACCUGGUUAUGAUAAAAACAAGCAUAUUGAUUUAUAGAAACUAUGUUGCUAAUUGGGAAUGAAUCCUAUAGUGAAUGAUUUAUCUAUUAUUUAUCCACCAAAUAUGCUUACAGUAAUUCUAGACGGCAAAGUAAUUGGGUAUAUAGAAAAUGAAUGUGCUGAAUAAUUUUGUUAGUCUUUAAAAUAUUUAAAGAUUGUUUAAGACUAGGAAAGAUUAGUUUCUGCUGAUUUAGAAAUAGGAUUAAUUAGAAAGGAAAUACAAGAUAAAUAAAUUCUUUUUGCUGGAGUUUAUUUAUACACUAAUGAGGGUAGAUUCGUAAGACCAGUAAGGCAUUUACAUUUAAAUUAAAACGAGUGGAUCUCCCCUUUCGAAUAAGUGCAUUUAUCUAUAGCGUGUACAUAAGAAGAUAUAAGAAACGAUACUGAAUACUAAGAACUUUCACCUUCUUAUAUAUUAUCGAUAUUGCCAUCAUAAAUUCCUUUUUUAAACUAUAAUUAAUCACCAAGAAAUAUGUAUUAAUGUUAAAUGGCUAAAUAGACAAUGGGUACUCCUAUGCAUAAUUUUCCUUAUAGAUUCGAUAAUAAAUCUUAUAGACUAAUGAGUCCUUAAUUGCCUAUGGUAAAAGGACAAAAUCCAGAAGAAUAUGGACUUGCUGAUUAUCCUUCAGGAACAAAUGCAGUAGUGGCAGUUAUUAGUUAUACAGGAUAUGAUAUGGAAGAUGCUAUGAUAUUGAAUAAAUCAUCAUAUGAAAGAGGAUUUGGACAUGGGUGUGUAUAUAAAAACUAUACUUAUGAUAUAGGAGAGUUUAAUAAGGAGAAAUCUUCGAAAUUUAAAAUGCUUCAUUAAGUUAGGAAUGUGGAUAAAAGCCAGAUUUAGGAAGGGCUGGAAAUCGAUGGAAUACCUGCGAUUGGAUCAGUGAUAAAAAAAGGAACUGCAGUAUUCUAAAUACAAGAUACUUAGAAGAAUACUAUGAAGACAUUUUAUCAUAAAGAAAGUGAAAUGGGAAGAUUGGAUGGAGUAGCAAUAGUUUAGGACGAAAAAAAAAAGAACCGAGGGUUGAAUAUAGAGUUAGAAUUCCUAGAAACCCUAUAAUUGGGGAUAAGUUCUCAUCUAGACAUGGACAAAAAGGAGUUUUAUCAGUACUUUGGCCUCAUAUAGAUAUGCCUUUUACAGAAUCUGGGAUAACUCCUGAUGUUAUAAUAAAUCCGCAUGCUUUCCCAUCAAGAAUGA